CCGGCCCCGGGCCCCGCACGGCCGGCGAGGGCGGCGCCGCCAUGGGGAACCUGGGGCUGCAGCGGGUGGACGAGAGCGUGGCCGCCAGGCACCCGGUACGGCCGGGGCGGGCUCCGCCGGGCGGGGGAGGCCCCAGCACUCGGCCCCCAGCGGCGGGUGGCCUUGGCUGGUAUCCUGCUCGCGGUCCCUGGGCUUUGGCAGGCAGCGGAGCCGCUUUCGCCGUGCAGAAGCUGGUGAACAAGAAGCUGCCGUACGCCCUCCAGUACAACCUGCUGCUGUCCGUGGCUGCAGGAUCCCUUGCCAGCUAUAUGGUGACCAAAGCAGAGACACAGAAAUGCUCUGACUUCUGGAUUUACCUGGAGACGGGCAAGUCCCCACAGGAGCAUACCAUGGCCGAUGGGCUGUCUCAACCUACAGAAAGUCUCAGCCCAGAGGAUGCAGAGAGAGUUGCACCACCUGUGAGGAGGAACAAGUACGGAGAUAUUGUGGAGUAGCCAGUGCAGCACAGUGUGCUACGCCUGUGUCCUGCUGCUGCUGUCUUCACCCCUUCCUGUUUUCCUGAUGUGCCUGUGCUGCAUGGGAGUUGUCUGUAGUACUGCCAGGGAGUUUAGAUAAGUCAGUGGUGCAGUGCAUGCAUGUUGGAGACCUGAGACUCUCAGGUGGUUUGUGUGUGAGCAUUGCACAUGGCAAAUGUAAUAAAAGUCAAGAGCUCAAAGUGCA